AGUGUGUUGUCUCUUUAAACGGCAGGAAGUAUCGAGCCAACAGGAAGCCGAAUCAUGAGGACGUUCUGAUCAACAAGAGCUGACUUAAACUGUAAAAUCACCGGCUUUCUCCUCACAUAUAACUCCCAGUCUGAGGAGGACGAUCCUGCACUGAAGACAGCCAUGUCUGCGGCAACGGAGUUGAAGACCAAGGAGGAGAAGGACGCUGAGCUGGACCGCAGGAUCGAGGCGCUGCGCAAGAAGAACCAGGCACUGGUCCGGAGAUACCAGGAAAUAGAAGAAGAUAAGAAAAAAGCUGAGCAGGAGGGCAUUGCUGUGACAACCCCACGUAAGCCCCGCCCCCAUGACCCUGAGCUGGAAAAGAGGAGGCAAGAGGAACAGGAGAAGAGGAGGCAGGAGAAGGAGAACUUCACGGUCACUGUGGACCUGUCUUCACCACAGGAGAAGAGAGUGGUGAAUGACACUAAAGCGGGGGCAUCCAGGGGCCCGCAGAAGCCCCAUGAGGACACAGAGGGACACAAAGUGCAGAGCCCCUCCAAGAGAAUGUCAGGUCGCGUGGGUCGAAACCCCAGAGGAGAGGGGCGGGAGGACAGGGGCCCCCGGGAGGACAGGGGCCCCCGGGAGGACAGGGGCCCCCGGGAGGACAGGGGCCCCCGGGAGGAGGUGCCUGGUGAGACAUCGGGUCGUAGGGGGGGCCGGGGGAGCAGGAGGGGCAGAGGUGGAGACACAGCAGUGGGGAGUGACCGUAGGUCCAAGGAGUGGGAAGAGAAGAGGAGACAGAACAUCGAGAAAAUGAACCAGGAAAUGGAGAAGAUAGCAGAAUAUGAACGAGGACAGCGGCAGGACGGGGACAAGCCCAGCAGACACUUCCUGGAUGACCCACGGCGCACUGGACCCGUCCCCGACACUGAUCGCAAGGAGGGCAGCCGGAGACAUGUGCGCAACUGGGGAGGCCUGGACUUCGACAACGUGAAGACGGGAGCAGAAAUGGAGAAGGAGUGGACUAGCCGGCGCCCUGGGCCCAAAGGCUCAGUGGACAUGACCAUGUCCAUGACCGGCCGGGAGCGAGCAGAGUACCUGCGCUGGAAAAAGGAGCGUGAGCAGAUUGAUGAGGAGAGGCUGGCACGCCACCGCAAUGCCACUGGGCAGUGGAGGCGCGAGUGGGAUGCCCAGAAGUCCGACAGCAUGUUCACAGAGGACCAGGCUGUGAGUGCAGACGGUGCAGUGACUGAGCAGAGUGCCCGCCGAGAUGACCAUAAGCGGCCUCCUAAGGCUCCUACAUUUGGAGACUUCCUGUCCCAGGGUCGGACCCAUGGUCCAAGAGGGGAGCGCGGCCGUGGCCGAAACCGGGGCUCCAGACCUAGCUACAGUAUGCAUGACAACCGCUGGGAGGCAGAGAAGGAGGAAGAGAGGAAAGAAAAAGCAGACAACCCAAAGCAGGAGGUGAAAGCUGACCCGGAGGAGGUGCAGCCCAGGACACCUGAGGAGUCAAAGGCUGUGUCCCUGAAGAGGGAGGAACCGGCAGAGGACGAUGAGGACCAGUGGGAGGAUGCCAGUGAUGGAGAAGAGGAGGAAGAGCCAGAGGAGCCAGAACCCCACCCACUGUCCCCUAAAGAGCAGCGCACCCCCCGACCCAAAGCUCCCACCCUGGAGUCCCUCACCCCCCAGGAAUCCCCUGAGACAGCUAAACCCCUCAGCCCCUUCUGUCCCUUGGACCAUCAACCUGUGUCUGACUGGGGUGAGGAGAUGGAGCUGCUGUCCCCUCGGAGCAGUAUGGGGGGAGAGAGCCCACUGAAGCCCCCCAGUGCCGAGGAUAGUCCUCAGCCCAAGAGGGACCCCAAGGAGACAACAAGGGCUGAGGGACAGUCGGGGGGACAGUCUGAGGGACAGCCCAAGACACAGUGUGAGAGCCAUUCUGGAGAACAGUCAGAGGCACAGCCUGAGGGACAGCCCGGUGCCCAUUCUGGGGGAGAUUCUGGGGGAGAUUCUGGGGGAGAUUCUGGGGGAGAUUCUGGAGGACAGUCUGAUGAAGUGCCUGGGGGACAGCCUGAGGGACAGCCAGAAGGACAUUCAGGAGCACAGCCUGGGGGAGUGCCUGUGGGAGUAUCUGAGGAAGGACCUGAGAGACCAUCUGUUGAACAGAGAGACCCUGAUCAGGCUGAUGGAGGAGAUGGAGCUUCUCAGGUGUAGCCUGCGGCCUCUGCUUUAGACUGACCUCUGGAGCAGCUGUGAUGGCUCAUCUGGACCCACCACCACACCGCCCAGUGCUGUGUUUUCAGCAGAACUGCUUUUAAAGACACUUCAGCUCAACACACAUAUGAAUUUGUCAUGUGAUUGGACAGAAAAUUCUGUGCAUCUUUGAGCAUAAACGUAACCGGGGGCAAGUGUCCACAUUAACAGGGGCCCCUUCUGUUUUUGGAGUGGUGAGCAAAACCUUCCUCACACGACUUAUUCAUUGGAGCUGCAGUUUUGUUAUAUGUUUAUUCACUAGGGGAAGUGGAAUUUGUCAAUCAUGUACAGUGUUUUUAUUUACUCCCAUUCUUGUACACACUGCCUUGUGAAUGUCACAGACCAUAUGCAAAGAAAUGAAAAUGAAAUUAAUCAUGUUUUUCUAUCUGAACAUAAAGAUUUUAACCAUGCUGCCCAUGAGUGAAAUGAAAUAAAUCUGUACUGACUCAGACUGGCACCGGCAUCUGUCAUGAACUCAUUUGAACGUUGAAUGACUUAUGUGACUUCUGUAGGUCUUUGUGUCAUUUCACUGAGUUUGGCUUCUCAGUUAUGUAAUGUUAAUCAUGUUUAGCGUAACCCCUGGUGACACUGCUCAGGACUGUUCCGUACAAGAAGCACAAUAAAGCUUUGGUUGGGUCUUUGACCACAAUGU